AUGCCACUGGGGGAGGGUGAGCGCCCGUACUCCGGCCCAUCACGCAGGCUGCGUCGUGUGCGCAUGUGUAGGGUGCUCGCUGGAUCGGGCGGAAGUGAGUGUCAGGGGCUGCUACUGCUGCUGGCGGGUGACGUGUCCGGCUCAGCGAUGGCAACUCAGGGGGAAGUGGACGAACUGUUUGAUGUAAAAAAUUGGUUUUAUAUUGGCAGCUACCAGCAGAGCAUCAACGAGGCCCAGAGAGUGAAGCCUUCAAGUCCAGAGAAAGAGGUGGAAAGAGAUGUAUUCCUGUAUAGAGCAUAUAUAGCGCAGAGGAAGUAUGGAGUAGUUCUGGAUGAAAUUCGCACUAAUGCCAGUGCUGAGCUGCAAGCUGUCCGUAUGUUUGCAGAAUAUUUGUCCAAUGAAAGUCGCAGAGAUGCUAUAGUCUCUGAGCUGGAUAAAAAGAUGGCUAAGAGUGUUGAUGUCACUAACACAACCUUCCUCCUGAUGGCAGCUUCAAUUUAUUUCCAUGAUGGCAACACAGAUGCUGCCCUGCGAACUCUUCACCAGGGAGACAGCCUGGAGUGCAUGGCAACAAUAAUCCAAAUACUGCUGAAAAUAGACAGACUUGAUCUGGCUCGCAAGGAACUAAAGAAAAUGGUGGACUUGGAUGAAGAUGCAACACUAACACAGCUGGCAACAGCAUGGGUUAACAUUGCCAUGGGUGGAGAUAAAUUGCAGGACGCCUUCUACAUUUUCCAAGAGAUGUCUGAUAAGUACUCCUCCACUCUCCUGCUGCUGAAUGGACAGGCAACUUGUUACAUGGGGCAAGGAAAGUGGGAGGACGCUGAAGGAGUCUUGCAGGAAGCUUUGGAUAAGGACAGCAGUCACCCAGAAACUCUGAUUAACUUCAUUGUACUGACCCAACACAUCAGCAAACCCCCGGAGGUCACAAACCGCUAUCUGUCUCAGCUGAAGGACGGACAUCGAAAUCAUCCAUUCAUUAAGGAAUUUCAAGCCAAGGAGAACGAAUUUGACCGCCUUGUCCUGCAGUACGCUCCCAGCUCAUGAAUUGCAUCUGAUUUAAUUUAUAUGUAUGCUGUUGAAAUUUAUAAUCUGUGUCUGGCAAAAAAACAAGUUCAGAAGUGUAAUUACAGGGGAGAAUUCCUUACUGUAGUACUUUAAUGCCAUUUAAUAUACUGAUUCCCUUUUGGAGACUUGGACACCUACAUUUCUUUGAUUAUGUCAUUAAUUGUAAUAUGCUCACCUGUUCUCCAGUCGCAUUUUUUUCUUUGGCCAUGAACAUUCCCAAUAAAAUGACUUUUCUUUCA